CCGGCCGCCGCCUCAUCCUGGCGAACUGCUCCAGCCUGCCCGCCAUGGGCGUCACGGACUUCAGCCACGUGCAGGAGAUUUCACGGCACGUGCGAGAGUUGCUGGGGACUGAGGAGCCUCUCUUCAACAGAUCCAUUGCCCUCCCUUACAGAGACAACAUGGGUCUCUUCCUGGAGCGAAAGUCCUCAUCAGGAAAGAAAGCAGAUGCCCUUACUUUCUCACAGUUUAUCCAAGAAGCAGCACUGGAGCCCUAUGCUACAGAUCCUACUUUGCAACAAACCCAGGCUGAGGCAGAAGCAGAUGCUCUCCUUGUAUCGCGGGGCACUCAGACGCAGGAUUAGACAUUCACUUCCACCUUUGUGAGAAGCCCAGCAGGGACAGCAGAAUACACUCUUACUACCUUGCAGUUUGUCCAAGGAGGUACAG